ACAGACUGAGCAGCAGGACGCUCGAGCUGCAGCUCCACACCAACUGCGGAACAUUUAGCGGAACAUUUAGCGGGUUUACCUUAGCCGAACCGACUCACUGCGUUCCCGGUUUGUUGCCGUGGAAACCCCCUCUUCUUCUUCUUCUUCUUCUUCUUCUUCUUCUUCUUCUUCUUCUCCUGCUUCUUCUUCCUCCUCUUCUUCUUUUUUUGUGGUUUUGUUGGUUUUCCAGUUGCACAUGAAGCUGCGGAAACAGAAACAGAAACAGAGACAAAGAGGACAUCAGAACAUCUGAACAGCCCGUCUGACAGGCUGCUCCUCUUCAUCAUGUGGUCUGCAUGGCUCCUCCUCCUCUUCCUCUUCAUCCAGUCAGCUACAUCCUCCCCUCCCGCUGCUAACAGGUCAGAAGAGCUGCAGGAGGUCAUCCUAGCAGCCAUCUUGCCUCUGACUAACACUGAGUAUGCAUGGGCGUGGCCUCGUGUUGCUCCAGCGCUAUAUGCAGCGGUGCAUCAGGUGAACUCAGAUCCUUCUUUGCUGCCGGGCCUGAGACUCCGCCUUGUUCACGGCAGCUCCGAGAACCGUGAUGGCUUCUGCUCAGACUUGAUGGCGCCCCUGGUGGCUGUCGACCUCAAAAUGUCCUAUGACCCCUGGGCCUUCAUUGGACCAGGCUGUGACUACUCCUCCUCACCUGUCGCCCGCUUCACAACACACUGGGAGGUUCCCAUGGUGACGGCGGGUGCCCGCGCCAUUGGCUUUGAUGACAUUUGUGCUGUAACAAACACAGGACCCACCCACAAGAAAUUGGGUGAGUUUGGGAUGCGGAUACAGGAUACCUUUGGCUGGAGGCGACAUGCUGCUCUCAUCUACACCGAUAACCAAGAUGACAAUGAUGACCGGCCAUGUUACUUCGCUGUGGAGGGACUGUACACACUGCUGGAGAAGAACAUCACCGUUCAUCACCACGUCAUCUAUGCCGACGUCAACUACAAGUUGCUAGUCCAGGAGAUCAGUGACCAUGGCAGAGUGGUGUACCUGUGCUGUUCCUGGGACAUCUUCAGGUCUCUAAUGGUUCAGUUCUGGAAGGACGUUGGCAGUCUGGAGGACUAUGUUUUCUUCUUCAUUGACCUGUUCGCAGAGGGAAUGGAGGGGCGUGGCCUCAUCAGGCCGUGGUACCGUGGUGAUGAGGAUGACUUUGCCGCACACAACGCCUUCAGGAGUGUGAAGGUGUUAACCUACCUGCAGCCUCAAAGUACAGAUUAUCAAACCUUCGUCCAAAAGCUGAAGAAUGAUGCAAAUGACAUGUUUAACUUCACCAUCAGAGACUCUCUGUAUAAUCUGAUUGCAGGAGGCUUCUAUGAUGGCGUGAUUCUGUACUCUCAGGCUCUGAAUGAGACCCUUAGUGAGCAGAUCUCGUCUGGAUCUGAAGUCCGGAGGCCCAGAGGAGAUGUAGUGACCAGGAGGAUGCGGAACAGGAAUUUUACAGGAGUAAUGGGCAUGGUGGAGAUCGAUGAGUUUGGAGACAGACAGGUGGACUUUGCUAUUUGGGACAUGACGGACAUCGAAUCUGGAGAGUUUCAGGUGGUGUGUGCUUAUAACGGCAGUAUGAAGCAGCUGGUUAUGCAGGGUGGGCGGAGCUUCCAGUGGCCAGGUGGAUCACCUCCUCCUGAUGUUCCAGAAUGUGGAUUCAAGAAUGACAAACCAGAGUGUCUUGCACGUACAGUUACAAUGCAUCAGAUGGUUGCCAUAGUGAUCUGCUUUGUCUUUGUCAUCAUCAUUACAGUUACCGUCUUCAUCUACAGGAAGUUAAAGUUGGAGAGUGAGUUGGCGGCUCAGCUGUGGAGAGUUUAUUGGGAGGAUGUUCAGAUCAGUAACUUGGACAAAGCCUUGAGGAGGGCCUGCAGCCGCCUCACCAUGUCUCUGAAAGGAUCAAACUAUGGCUCCCUUAUGACAAUGGAGGGAAACUUUCAGAUCUACACGAAAACUGGAUACUAUAAGGGAAACUUGGCCGCCAUCAAAUACAUCAACAGGAAACGCAUCGAGCUGACGAGGAAGGUUCUGUUUGAGCUGAAACAUAUGAGAGACGUUCAGAACGAACAUUUGACCCGUUUCAUCGGAGCUUGUAUUGACACCCCCAACAUGUGCAUCAUCACAGAGUACUGUCCCCGAGGCAGUCUGCAGGACCUGAUGGAGAGUGACAGCAUCACUCUUGAUUGGAUGUUCAGAUAUUCUCUCAUCAAUGACAUUGUCAAGGGUAUGGCCUUCCUCCACAACAGUGUCAUCAUUUCCCAUGGCAACCUGAAGUCAUCAAACUGUGUGGUGGACAGUCGCUUUGUUCUGAAGAUCACUGACUAUGGUCUUCAGAGUCUGAGAGGAACAGGAGGCAACAAGGAGGAUACGCACGCAUACUAUGCACGAAUGCUGUGGAUGGCUCCGGAGCUGCUGAGGUCGGACUGUCCUCCACUCUGUGGGACUCAGAAAGGAGACGUGUACAGCUUCGGAAUAAUCCUGCAGGAAUUGGCUCUGCUGAGAGGAGUCUUCCACCUCGAACCACAAAGUCUGACUCCCAAAGAGAUCAUCCAGAUGGUGAUUCAAGGUGGUGUCCCUCCCCUCCGCCCGUCACUCUGUUUCCACAGUCACAGUGAAGAGCUGGGCGUCCUAAUGCAGCGCUGCUGGAGCGAAGAACCCAAUGACCGACCGGAUUUCAGCACUGUAAAGAUACUACUGAGGAAACAACACAGAGGUUAUGGCUCAAACAUCCUGGAUAAUCUCCUGUCUCGAAUGGAACAGUAUGCCAACAACCUGGAGGAGCUGGUGGAAGAGAGAACACAGGCAUACAACGAAGAGAAACGAAAGGCAGAGGCACUGCUCUACCAGAUAUUGCCCCAUUCGGUAGCAGAGCAGUUGAAGAGAGGUGAAACAGUUCAGGCUGAAGCCUUCGACUCCGUCACCAUCUACUUCAGUGACAUUGUUGGCUUCACCUCCCUAUCAGCUGAGAGUACACCACUACAGGUUGUAACGUUGUUGAAUGAUCUUUACACCUGCUUUGACGCAAUCAUUGACAACUUUGAUGUUUAUAAGGUGGAGACCAUUGGGGAUGCCUACAUGGUGGUAUCAGGGCUGCCGGUCCGUAAUGGGAAGUUCCAUGGCCGGGAGAUCGCUCGGAUGUCCCUGGCUCUGCUGGAGGCUGUCAAGACCUUCAGGAUCCGUCACAGAGAAGACCAGAAGCUCCGGCUCCGUAUCGGUAUUCACAGUGGUCCAGUGUGUGCAGGUGUGGUGGGGUUGAAGAUGCCCAGGUACUGUUUGUUUGGAGACACUGUCAACACAGCAUCGCGUAUGGAGUCCAAUGGAGAGGCUCUGAAGAUCCAUGUGUCGGAGGCGACUCGGCUCGUCUUGCAGGAGUUCAGUGGCUUCGAGCUGCAGCUCAGAGGAGAGAUCGAGGUGAAGGGCAAAGGUCGCAUGAGGACCUACUGGCUGCUGGGAGAGACCGACCACAGUAAAACAGAAAAAUAACUGAGACAGGGCUGGGUUCAGGUGUUCCUCCAGUUCUGAUUGGACAGUUGCUCGUGUGACCUCCGUAUGUAGAUGAAUAAACUGUUUGUAAAAUAAAUCCUGUAAAUAAACAAACAUUCGGGUCCUUAUUAAGCACUCACCACUUACAUGUGGUCUCAGUUCAAACAAUACUGAAUAAGACUCAUGUACAGGUCAUUAAAGGGCCAAUUUAUAUUUUACACCACAACUUAGCAAGUGAAAACCAGUGGCAA